GGGAGAACCAGAGUCAAGAUUACCUUAGCUGGGAACUUGGUGUACUACAUGCACCUGUGGGUCGGCGACUUGGUCGGCCAACACGCAAUCCUGGGAAUGAACUUCAUGGUGCCCGCUGGAGUGCGCAUCGACACUGCGGACGGCACGGCGUGCCUCCCCGACGAGGUGCAUAUCCAGAUGAUCGGACGAAGACCGCUAUACGGCGCACGGAUGCACUCGGUCAACGUCAAGACGCCUGUGAGGCUCGAACCAGGAGACACGCAUGAAGUCUUGCUGAGGCCGGAUCGAAACGCGCCGUUCCUGUGGGUGACACGGGCAGAGUCGUGGGUGACUACCUUUGUCAAGGGGAGAGUCGGAAAGAAAACGUACCUGCGUGUCACGAACAUCGGAGACGCAGCGAUAACCCUCGACGCGCAUGAAACGCUUGGGUGGUGGACGCCGUCUGACGGCCAGCCUCGGAACCGUGGAUUCGUCCGACUGGGCUCCACCCGGUACCAGCAGUGGCAGAAUCUGGCGUACGGCACGACGCGCGACGCGGAGGAGAACUGGAUCCCAGCCGAGCUCGACGGACCGAUGACGGAUCGCCCCUCAUACCCGACGCCUAAAGCCAUCUUGCGACCGGAGCCGAGACAACUCGGGACGCGACGCGCCGUGACCCCAGUGUUGGCGGCUGUCGCGGAAGCGCCGAAGGGAAGAGGGAUAGACUUGCCACCCGACGACCACAAGCCGGAUACGGGCGAGGAGGCGGUGGAAAGCGAACCCGAUAUGCCUCCGACUGUGGCUGGAAGCGCUGCGAUGGAAGAAUCGCCGGAGUCGGAACUCGCCGAGCCAAAACUCGACGGACCAAACCCCGCCGAGCCGCUGGAGGCGGUGCUCGAGGACGAGGCGCGGGACGACGAGGAAGCGGACGAGUCGUCGCCACUGGAGUCGCCCGAAUCGCUCGGACCAGGGCCUGGUCCAGCUCCGGCUGCCGCACGGCCCCUCGGCGAGGAGUGCGUCGGCUGUGCAGGAGAAGAGUGA